CAAGGUCACCAACGAUAAGCCCAAAAGAAACUGACAAGAAAGGGCAGCGAACGAAGAAGGCCACGUCAGGUAAAGCAACACCAGCUGAGCCGGCAAAGCCACAAGGCCCAGUCCCAGUGGGUAGAAAGAGCGCGCCACCCACACCAGCUGGAACAGAAGGUCAAAUUCGAUUUCCGAAGUGUAGAAGCUUCACGGCCAAGUACACUGGCGAAGACCAUAGAGAACGAAAGGUCACCGCACGAAUAGUCGAUAAGAAAACGAACAAAGAGAUCGACUCGUAUAAUCCCCUCGCGGAUAGGUCAGUCAAGGAUGCCAUUGGGAAAGAGUCAAAAACGAUAGUCAAUGAGGCGCUACAGUUUAUUCCUCCAGAAGAACGUCAUAACCCAAGAGUUAUCGUUCAGAUGAUGAAGCACGUGGUAUCUAAAGUUGCAACCGAAGAAGAUGCAUGGAUCCGUAUCAAAGUGGGCACAGAUGAUGACCACUUGGCAUAUACAUACACAACGGACGGCAAACUGUUGACCAAAGAGAGAACUCGCUCAAAACCGACGGCGGAUCCAGAUCCGAAAAAACGAUCGUCAGAUGAUUAUGAGUCGGUCCAGAGAUAUACAGAGGCGACAAGCAGAAAGGUCACCCUCAGACUUUUCGGCGGUAAUGGAGAAGCUGUGGAAACCAUAACUGCAGUGAUAGUCGAUCCAAUAACAGGAGACCCGGUUCCAUAUGCUCCAUGGGACGUAUCAGAAGAGAGCGCCCGAAAUGCGAAUCAGGCAGCCGUUGAGCAGUUAUGGGAUCUGAUACCCGAAAGUGACCGGACAGAUGCCGUGGUUCAAGCGAGUACACUGAUCAGCAUGAUGCGGCAUCGAGCGGAAAUCGAUGGAGCACAUUUCCGACUCACAAGACGAAUGGAAGACGGAUCGUACAAAACGGUAUUUUACGACGCUAAGAAGAACCCUUUGUGGGAGGUCGCCUCACAGGGACAGCUGACAGAGACACUACAUUUGGAAAUCCAGCCCCCGGCACAAGAAGGCGGAGCCGGAGAGACGGAAGAGGCACAGGGCACGUCGGCAAAUGUAACUGAAACAGGAGGGGCCAGACGUUCGCUACAAAGAGUACUUGAGAUUGCCCAAGGAAGUCAUGAGCACCUUCAGUGUGAUGAACCAAACUGUGCCCAUUGUAAUCCACCUGGUGACGACGAACCAGAGUCGGAAGACGAGGACCCACCUGAGGAAGAAGGCUCAGACGAAAAAACGGCCGAUAAGCAUAAAAAGCCCUUAAAGGUCAAGCCCUCAAAAGUCAAACCGAGGAAAGCGCCCAGAUUGGAAGAGGCCAUGAACCGUGACAAGGUUAAGAAAGGCGAUUUCCUCAAGAAACGACGGGAGGAAGAGGAUAAGAAGAAACGACAGGAGGAAGAAGAUAAGAAGAAGAAGAGCGGUGACGAAAGCGAUAGCACAAGCACCGGGAAGAAGAAAAGAGAUGAACCAGCGUCGCAUGAUGUCGAGAUAUUGGACGAGUCAGUCGGCGAAGUUGAAGAAAGGUCAUCGACACCUACGAAGUCAAAGAAAGUUAUUCAAUCGGCUACAGCAGAGCCAUCAAAACUCAAAGGAAAGGUCAUAGCGGUGAAACAAGCUGUCCCCAUUGUCAUCUCCGCAUCCACGCCAAAGGAGCGCAAGGAUAAACAGAUUCGCGAAAAAGCGAAACGGGAGACGUCGCGUGAAUCGGAGGCAUCGGAAGCGAGCCUUCCAAGCACUUCGACGGUCAGUGCAAGGUCACAUACAGAUUCGAAAACGACACGAUCAAGGACUACUGAGCCAAGAAGCUUAGCGGAGGCCUUGGAUAAAGGGCAAAAAGCAAAGAGCGAGCCCGUUAAGACGAAAGGAAAGGUCAAAACAGCCAUGAAAGUUGAUGCAAUGGCAAUGAUCAAUUACGCUGAACCAGAUGGAGAGAGUGAAUUGGACUUCACCUCAGACGAAGAAUUUGAUGGUCCAGAUGAUGAUAAUUUGAACACGGUCGAUGAAAUAAUCAAAGCGUAUAACGGAGCGGAGAAGAAUUUCAUACGAAUAAGAACAGCAUCGGUGACAUCCAAAUUUAAAUCAGGCCUGAAGACGUAUUUGAAGAAACAACAUCGUAGCUUCACUAAACAAAAGUUCGACGUCGUAUUGGAAUUCGCGCGGAACGCAGGAAAACUUAUACAGAAGCACCCGAGUUUCUCGUAUGAGGCCAAGUUGUUCAGACCAGCCAGUUCGGAUAAGGCGCUGACAACCCCGAAUGAAGCGGUCCCAAUGCGAGUAGAAAGGGCAAUCGCGGGAAUGACAAGCCCAUUAGGGUCAACGAGUCACCGGAUUAGCCAAUAUAUCAACGCAGUUUGGAACGACGGAAAUGGAAUGAUAAAGGAGAUCGACACGGCAACCGAGCGCGUAUUGCCAAAGCUGAUUAAACAGAACGUCCUUGCCACGACAAACGCACAUAAAGGACACCCGAUCCGAUAUACGAGAGUCGGUCUAAUACCACCGGAAAGACAGAUCCACUGUAAUAUGUCCGACAGUCAGGACAUGGAAAAGGUCACAGUUUCAUCGAAGACAAAAGGCCCAAUGGAUUCGGAAUCGGAAAGCGACGACGACGCUACUAUAACGGCUCCUUCUGGACUUACGACAGAAAAAGAUGAACAGUCGAAAGGUCCGAAGACAUCUGAAACUACCGCAGAAGUUAUACCGAAAGGUCAUGAAGCUUCAGACAAACGGGAGAAAGAAAAGGUCAUGCUCCCGAUGGAUAAGGCAGCGGCAGAAGCUGAAGCGGAUUCGGCGCGCCAGGUGUUUCACAAAUCACUGUUCAUACCAUUAAAGGACGUCUUUGAGAAGGAACGAUCGAAGUCGGUCGGCGAUUUAAAAGGUCAAGAGACUUUGCCACAGGAGGAGAAGAAGACAGCCGAACCGAAAUCGGCGGGGUCAUCAUCAGGAUCACUGGCAAAGCUGAGGAUCGACGAGACAGCGACGGCUGACCCAACGGACUCGACAUCCUCCCAGAAAAGUAGCGGUACACCGGCAAAGGAGGCUACAGAUUACAUGUUAGGGCCGGCAUUGGACGUGAAUAAUCGUACAUGGAACGAAGUCCAAGCUGCACUCCAGAUUAUUCGGGAAAAGAAAUGCUUGGGACAGACCUGAAAAGACAAGUG